AUGCACCAUUUCACACCUGGCAAAAAACCAAACCAAACCAAGCAAGCGAACAAAAAAACUGACCGACACGUGUAUUUCCUGGAUGUGCAUCUCCUGGAGCUGUCUCACACUCCAGGAGGGAAGGGACCAUGGGACAGCCAUUUUGGAAGACAGGUGACAGAACCCUCGCGGGGAGCGGAGCGCAGGCGAGGCGAGGACCUCGCGGGGAGCGGAGCCGCGGGCAGGACCGCCGAGCAGCGGCAGAAUCUGCACGCCUUCCGGGACCAGGUCAGGAACACCGUGGACUCUACCUACGUCUUGAGCUACGUGACCCCCUGGUUUAGGGACGAUGAGGUGCAGCAUAUUGAGGCUGAGAAGAACAACAAGGGCCCAAUGGAGGCUGCCUCACUUUUUCUCCAGUUCCUGUUGGACCAGGAGGAAAGCUGGUUCUGCGGCUUUUUCGAUGCCCUUGACCAAGCAGGUUAUUCUGGACUUUAUGAUGCCAUUGAAAGUUGGGAUUUCCAAAAAAUUGAAAAGUUGGAGGAGUUUGGAUUACUUUUAAAGCGUUUACAACCAGAAUUUAAAACCACGAUCAAUCCAAAAGGUAUCCUUCCUGAAAUAUCUGAACGUUUAAUUAAUCAGGAAUGUGAAGAUAUUAUUCAGAUUUGUUCCAACAAGGGGCUGAUGGCAGGUGGAGAGAAAAUGGUUGAAUGCCUUCUCAGAUCAGACAAGGAGAACUGGCCCCAAACUUUGAAACCUGCAUUGGAGAAAGAAGAGAGCAAGUUCAGUGAACUGUGGAUGGUGGAGAAAGGUGCAAAAGAUGUCAAAGUGAAAGAUCUUGAGGAUGAUGAAAUGAAAACUUUGGAUGUACAGAUUUUCAACAGGGAAGAACCAGAAAACCAGAAUCUUAGUCAGAAUUCAUGCCCUUCUUCAGCAGUGCCUCAUACUUACAGCCCAUUGAAGCCAAGAAAUUACCAACUAGAGCUUGCUUUACCUGCUCAGAAAGGAAAACACACAAUAAUAUGUGCUCCUACUGGUUGUGGAAAAACCUUUGUUUCACUUCUUAUAUGUGAACAUCAUCUUAAAAAAUUUCCACAAGGACAAAAGGGGAAAGUUGUCUGUUUUGCUAUUCAACUCCCAGUGUAUGAACAACAGAAAUCUGUGUUCUCAAAGUAUUUUGAAAGACUUGGGUACAAAGUUGGAGGCAUUUCUGGAGUAACAUCUGACAAUGUCUCAGUGGAACAGACUGUUGAGAACAAUGACAUCAUCAUUUUAACUCCACGGAUUCUUGUGAACAGCCUUAAAAAUGGGACUAUUCCAUCACUCUCUGUCUUUACUUUGAUGAUAUUUGAUGAAUGCCACAACACUAGUAAAUAUCAUCCUUAUAAUAUGAUCAUGUUUAAUUAUCUAGAUCAGAAACUUGGAGGAUCUUCAGACUCACUGCCCCAGGUCAUUGGGCUGACUGCCUCGGUUGGCACUGGGGAUGCCAGAAGUACAGCUGAAGCCACAGAAUAAAUCUGCAAAUUGUGUGCUUCUCUCGACACAUCAGUGGUAGCAACAGUCAAAGACAACUUGGAGGAACUGGAGGAGAUUGUUUUUAAGCCCCAGAAGUUUUUCAGGAAAGUGGAAUCACAGACCACAGACAGAUUUAAAUGCAACAUAUCUCAGUUGAUGAUAGAACAGAGUCUGGUAAAGAGUAUCUUUGAAGAACUUGGUACCAUAACUCUUGAAAACUUAUCUCAAAUUCAAAAUAGGAAUUUUGGAACACAGAGAUAUGAACAGUGGAUUAUCGCAGUUCAGAAAGCGUGCAUGGUGUUUCAGAUGCAAGAUGAAGAGAGCAGGAUUUGUAAAGCACUGUUUUUCUACACAUCGCAUUUGUGGAGAUACAAUGAUGCCCUCAUUAUCAAUGAGCAUGCUCGAAUGAAAGAUGCCCUGGAUUACUUAAAAUACUUCUUCAGAAAUGUCCAAGCAGCAGGAUUUGAUGAGAUUGAGCAAGCUCUCACUCAGAGAUUUGAAGAUGGGUGGCAGAAACUGCAGGAACUAGAAUGUAUUUCCAUGGAUCCCAGCAAUGAGAACCCUAAACUCAAAGAUCUUUGCUUCAUCUUGCAGGAAGAGUACCACUUAAGCCCAGAGACCAGAAUCGUCCUCUUUGUGAAAACCAGAGCACUCGUGGAUGCUUUAAAGAAAUGGAUUGAAGAAAAUCCUAAGCUCAGCUUUCUAAAACCUGUCAUAUUGACUGGACGUGGCAGAACAAAUCAGAAAAUAGGAAUGACCCUCCCAGUACAGAAGUGUGUAUUGGAUGCAUUCAGAACCGACGGAGAUAAUAAGAUUCUGAUUGCCACCUCAGUUGCUGAUGAAGGCAUUGACAUUGCUCAGUGCAAUCUGGUCCUCCUAUAUGAGUAUGUGGGCAAUGUCAUCAAAAUGAUCCAAACCAGAGGCAGAGGAAGAGCAAGAGGGAGCAAGUGCUUCCUUCUGACUAGUAAUACCGAUGUAAUCGAAAAAGAAAAAAUAAACAUAUACAAAGAAAAAAUGAUGAAUGACUCCAUUUUAAGCCUGCAGACGUGAGAUGAAGCAGUAUUUAAAGAAAAGGUUCGCCAGAUACAGAUUCAUGAAAAAUUCAUCAGGGAUAAUCAAGGAAAAGCAAAACCUGUGCUUGAUAAGGAAAAUAAAAAACUGCUCUGCAGAAAGUGCAAAACCUUUGCAUGUUAUACAGCUGAUAUAAGAGUGAUGGAAGAAUGCCAUUUCACUAUGGUUGGAGUUGCUUUCAGGGAGCACUUUGUGAGUAAGUUACACCCCAGACCAAAGAGCUUUGGGAGUUUUGAGAAGAGACCAAAGAUCUUCUGUGCCAGGGAGGACUGCAGCUAUGACUGGGGAAUCCAUGUGAAGUAUAAGGUAUUUGAGAUUCCAGUUAUAAAGACUGAAAGUUUUGUAGUGGAAGAUGUUGCAACUGGAGCUCAGACACUGUAUGCAAAGUGGAAGGACUUUCAUUUUGAGAAGAUCCCAUUUGAUGCUGCAGAAAUGUCCACUCGAGCUCAGGACCUCAGUCUGCAGGGAAUGGGUGACCUUGAGUGA